AAGACAGUUCUUCCAGUGUGGCCCAGGGAAGCCGAAAGGUUGGAUGCCCCUGGCCUAGAAGCUCUGAGAGCAGAUUAGGACCAAAAGGUCCAAGGGCAGCCUAGUGUCCUUGUUGCUAGGAAGCCCCUUAGGCCUCAGAGGACAGUGGACAGUGGGGCUGGGGGCGGAGCGAGUGCUUCUCCAGGAGUGCAAGGAGGAAGAAUUUUAAGAAUAUAACUUGAUCAGCAGACAGAGAGCAAGUGACCUGCCUAAGACUACCCAGCCAGGAUUCAAGACCAAAUCUUUGCUGUUAAUCAGUAUGUUAUUCUGUAGAGUGUGUGUUAUGUGUUUGGGGAAUCUUAAUGGUAGUUCUGUUUGUUAGCACUUACCCCAGUUAUCUUAUAUGUAUUAUAUAAUUUAAUCUUCGUAGAAAUCUGUUUCAAGUAUGAGUAAACUGAAGAACAGAGAUGCUAAGUAAUAUGCUCGUGAUCGCACAGCCACUGGGGGGUAGGAUUAGAAUUUGAACCCGGCUCCAUCUACCUUUCAAGCCUGAACCCUCAGCCAGACACAGGCACAGAGCAUCCACCCCAAGGGACCGAGACCUCUGCCAACCAGAAAGAUCAGGGAAGCUUCUCGGAGGGCAUGUCAGAAUUUGUUUGCGAUGGAGCUGGUCUGUAAACUUCAGGUUCCCUGGCCUCCCAAGGGCUCUUGCUCAUCCUCAGAUUGCAUCCUGGGGCCCCCUUGCUGGGUGCUUGGAGGGUGAGGUACACUGUGGGUGCAUUCCUCAGAUUCCACUGGGAUUGCUGAAGCGGCCAGCACAGGUUGCACCCGCCAGCUGUGGGGCAGGCCUGCCCAUAUUAGAUUGCAGCUUGGAGCCCUUCUCAGCAUCACCCAGGACAGUUCUCUCAGCCAGGGUGGGGUCAGCAUCGGGGACACCAGGGACACACAGCUCCCACUGGAAGGGCCAGGGAAGGGCCGUGACCAGCUGGACAGAAGAGAGUUAGUGAAGACAAAGGCACAUCAAUCCCUGGACUCCCAGUUGUUGGCUGCAGAGGGAUGAGUAGGAUAAGUGGCAGGUGGUGAGGCCCUGCCAGUCGAUUGCACCUCCAUUUGAUGGGCAGUGGGGAGUCGGUGAAGGUUUUGAUCUGUAGAAUGACUGUGUGCCGUUUCUCACUGAGCUUUCGUAGAAACCUCGCAUGUCAGAGGACAGAGACCAAACGCGGUCAGGAGAGUGGCUCUGCUCCCCUGGGUGCUGGCAGGGAAGGGAUGCUUAUAUUGGGAAUCCCCUUUGUAGCUAAGAUGUCCUUUUGCAAGUCUGGCCUUUAAAAUCCAAGCCCAGUUGGUGUGGGGCAUAGAAGAGCUCUAAGUGUUAAUCCAGAAAUGCGGCUGAGGUUGGGGGAGGAGUGCACAGAAAACACGUGGCACACACAAGAUGCAGGCUAAAUGUAAAGCUGGAUACCAGAGGCUGGGGGAUCCGAGGGUCCAACGGUCCCACCCUCUUUGGAUGGAAGAAACUGAGGACAUAAGGGGCUUUGCCCGAAGAGGCCCAGGCCAUUGCAAAAGAGGGCACAGCAUCCCCAGGUGACACCUGCCCUCCCUGGGGGCUUUCCUCCUUCCACUGUGUGUCUUUGACCUUCCUCCCAGGCCUCUCUCUGAGUGUGAGCUGAGGCUGAGGGUUAGAGCCAGCUAGGAAAGAGAAGAGCCAAUGUGUACCUUCCAGGGCACCUCACCAGGCUUCACAGUUACAGAGCAAGGGGGUCCUCGCAGGAGCCAGUGGGGACUCAGUGGCCCAUCUCAGACGUUGAUGUCAUAGCACCCAGAUAGGGAGGGACACCGCUGGUGGCAGUGAGCCUUACCCCAAUUCAUGACCCAAAAGAAACCCAGAGCAGUCUGCCCAGGAUGGGGCAGCUGCCCUGAGGUGUCCUUUGGCCACUUGUUUCUGUCCCGCCACCCUCAACGCUUCUCAGCAGCCACAGCUGCCCAUCUGCCGCUUGCUCCGGCCCUGCCUCCUUCUGUGUGUGGGCCUCCUCUCGUGACCAUCCCUGCACUUCCCAGUGCUCCUUGCUCACCCGUUUUUGUCUGUCUGGCAUCGUGUCUCUCACUUUGGUUUGUCCUGCCCCAGUCAGCUGGGUUGUACAACCUCAGAGCGAACCCUUCCUGUGGGAGGCCUCCGCUCUAUCUCUGGGCUGGUCUGGGCUCCACCUUGGUGCUUGCUUGUCUCUGAGGACUUCUGUAGUCUGUGCACUCUGUGUGUGUGUGCGCGCGUGCGCGCACAUGUGUACCGACCUACAUAUGUGCGUCCCUCCCCCUGGCCACCACACCCCUCACACCGCCCAUCCCUCCCCUUCCUUGGACUGGCUCAGGUUCCUCCCUACUCCCCAUGGGCCAGCCAGCAGGAAGGCAACCUGCAGCCAGAGUGUGGAGCCCACUCCUUGGAGGCAGCCCCGGCAUUCCUGGCUGCAGCAGACCCUCCGGGCUUAGCCCACAGGACUCCUGGGAGCCGGUAUGAGCCUGGCCAUCAUCCGGCCUGGAGAGUGGCUCCUGUUUGAGAGCAGGAAUGUCCUGGAUGGGAAAAGGGAGAGAGGGGAGAGUUUGUGAAUAAAACAAACAAACAAGGCAUUAUUUGCCCUGAAAAUGUGCCCUUUGUCUAGUGCUGGAGUUCAGGGAGUCCCAGAAAGUGAGAAACGAUGCACAGGGAGGGCACUGUGCAUCCUGGGCUGGGGCUGCAGACACAAUGGAGGGAGGAGGUGGGGCAGCCACACAGACCGCACGUGUUCCAGAGGCCCAACAGGCCAGGAUGACAUUCCAGGGCCAUUUCAACUCUCUCUCGAAAUGUCAUUAAUAUAUGGCUAGUAGGGAGAGCUCUCAGGCCUCUCCAAACCCACCGUGUGAGGGAAACCCCCUCCAGCCACCACCACUUAGUCAUUUAGCAGAUGUUUAUUUAGCACCUAUGAUGGACCAGCGCUCUUCUGAGUAUUUGGGAUGCCUCUGAGCAAGAGACCGGGUGUCUGCGUCAUGGAGCUGACAGUCUGGCAGGGGAGUAGAGAGGCAUAGAUCUUAGAGCUCCGAGGUCUUCCUGACAGUCCAACCCAGUCACCCUCCUAAUCAUACUGCUGGAACCCUGAGGCUCAGGGAGGUCGGGAGUCAGCCCUCCAUCCUCCUGGUACCAAGGCACAGCCCAUUGGCAUAACAUUCGGUGCACACUGGCUGAAUGAACACCCCUCCUGCAAGCAUUGCUCGGUUUACUGGGGAUUUCCCAGAAGCACCUGGGGAUAGGAGGGGCUGGCAGGACCUGCUUGAUAGCAAGGCUUUUGGAGGUUGCAGGACCUGGACUGUGAGAGGUGUGCAGUGGAGGUGAGCUGUCGUCACUGUCGUCCGUGGGGAAUGGGACAGUCCCUCUUUGCCAGGGGACCCCGUUGGGAAUCUGCCAAUCUGAGUUGAGGCUGGACAACGUUCAUGGCUCUCGGGUAGAACCCAGCGAAACGGCCAGAAUGAAUUCUAUGGACAGGCACAUCCAGCAGACCAAUGACCGACUGCAGUGCAUCAAGCAGCACUUACAGAAUCCUGCCAACUUCCACAAUGCUGCCACGGAGCUGCUGGACUGGUGUGGAGACCCACGGGCCUUCCAGCGGCCCUUCGAGCAGAGCCUGAUGGGCUGUUUGACGGUGGUCAGUCGGGUGGCAGCCCAGCAAGGCUUCGACCUGGACCUUGGCUACAGACUACUGGCCGUAUGUGCUGCAAACCGAGACAAGUUCACCCCGAAGUCUGCCGCCCUGUUGUCCUCCUGGUGCGAAGAGCUUGGCCGCCUGCUGCUGCUCCGACAUCAGAAGAGCCGCCAGAGUGAUCCCCCUGGGAAACUCCCCAUGCAGCCCCCCCUCAGCUCCAUGAGCUCCAUGAAACCCACUCUGUCACACAGUGAUGGGUCGUUCCCCUAUGACUCUGUCCCUUGGCAGCAGAACACCAACCAGCCUCCCGGCUCCCUCUCCGUGGUCACCACGGUUUGGGGAGUGACCAACACAUCCCAGAGCCAGGUCCUUGGGAACCCUAUGGCCAAUGCCAACAACCCCAUGAAUCCAGGCGGCAACCCCAUGGCGUCGGGCAUGACCACCAGCAACCCCGGCCUCAACUCCCCGCAGUUUGCGGGGCAGCAGCAGCAGUUCUCAGCCAAGGCUGGCCCUGCUCAGCCCUACAUCCAGCAGAGCAUGUAUGGCCGGCCCAACUACCCCGGCAGUGGGGGCUUUGGGGCCAGUUACCCUGGGGGUCCUAACGCCCCCGCAGGCAUGGGCAUCCCUCCGCACACCAGGCCGCCUGCUGACUUCACUCAGCCCGCGGCAGCCGCUGCAGCAGCGGCAGUGGCAGCAGCAGCAGCCACAGCUACGGCCACAGCCACGGCCACUGUGGCAGCCCUGCAGGAGACACAGAACAAGGAUAUAAACCAGUAUGGACCGGUCUGUUCCUCUUUCCAGAUGGGUCCCACCCAGGCGUAUAACAGCCAAUUCAUGAACCAGCCCGGGCCACGGGGGCCUGCCUCCAUGGGGGGCAGCAUGAACCCCGCGAGCAUGGCGGCUGGCAUGACGCCCUCGGGGAUGAGCGGCCCUCCCAUGGGCAUGAACCAGCCCCGGCCGCCCGGCAUCAGCCCCUUUGGCACGCACGGGCAGCGGAUGCCCCAGCAGACCUACCCGGGCCCCCGGCCCCAGUCCCUUCCUAUUCAGAACAUAAAGAGGCCAUACCCUGGAGAGCCCAACUAUGGAAACCAGCAAUAUGGACCAAACAGCCAGUUCCCCACCCAGCCAGGCCAGUACCCAACCCCCAACCCCCCGAGGCCACUCACCUCCCCCAACUACCCAGGACAGAGGAUGCCCAGCCAGCCGAGCUCCGGGCAGUACCCGCCCCCGACGGUCAACAUGGGGCAGUAUUACAAGCCAGAGCAGUUUAAUGGACAAAACAACACGUUCUCGGGAAGCAGCUACAGUAACUACAGCCAAGGGAACGUCAACAGGCCUCCUAGGCCGGUUCCUGUGGCAAAUUACCCCCACUCGCCUGUUCCAGGGAACCCCACACCCCCCAUGACCCCUGGGAGCAGCAUCCCUCCAUACCUGUCCCCCAGCCAAGACGUCAAACCACCCUUCCCGCCUGACAUCAAGCCAAAUAUGAGCGCUCUGCCGCCACCCCCAGCCAACCACAAUGACGAGCUGCGGCUCACAUUCCCCGUGCGGGAUGGCGUGGUGCUGGAGCCCUUCCGCCUGGAGCACAACCUGGCUGUCAGCAACCAUGUGUUCCACCUGCGGCCCACGGUCCACCAGACGCUGAUGUGGAGGUCUGACCUGGAGCUGCAGUUCAAGUGCUACCACCAUGAGGACCGGCAGAUGAACACCAACUGGCCCGCCUCGGUGCAGGUCAGCGUGAACGCCACGCCCCUCACCAUUGAGCGCGGCGACAACAAGACCUCCCACAAGCCCCUGCAUCUGAAGCACGUGUGCCAGCCGGGUCGCAACACCAUCCAGAUCACUGUCACGGCUUGCUGCUGCUCACACCUCUUCGUGCUGCAGCUGGUGCACCGGCCCUCCGUCCGCUCUGUGCUGCAAGGACUCCUCAAGAAGCGCCUCCUGCCCGCAGAGCACUGUAUCACAAAAAUCAAGCGGAAUUUCAGCAGCGUGGCUGCCUCCUCGGGCAACACGACCCUCAACGGGGAGGAUGGGGUGGAGCAGACAGCCAUCAAGGUGUCUCUGAAGUGCCCCAUCACAUUCCGGCGCAUCCAGCUGCCUGCUCGAGGACACGAUUGCAAGCAUGUCCAGUGCUUUGACCUGGAGUCGUACCUGCAGCUGAAUUGUGAAAGAGGGACCUGGAGGUGUCCCGUGUGCAAUAAAACUGCUCUGCUGGAGGGCCUGGAGGUGGAUCAGUACAUGUGGGGAAUCCUGAAUGCCAUCCAACACUCCGAGUUUGAAGAGGUCACCAUCGAUCCCACGUGCAGCUGGCGGCCAGUGCCCAUCAAGUCGGACUUACACAUCAAGGACGACCCUGACGGCAUCCCCUCCAAGCGGUUCAAGACCAUGAGUCCCAGCCAGAUGAUCAUGCCCAACGUCAUGGAGAUGAUCGCAGCCCUGGGCCCCGGCCCGUCUCCCUACCCCCUCCCGCCUCCCCCGGGGGGCACCAACUCCAACGACUACAGCAGCCAAGGCAACAACUACCAAGGCCAUGGCAACUUUGACUUCCCCCACGGGAACCCUGGAGGGACAUCCAUGAAUGACUUCAUGCACGGGCCCCCCCAACUCUCCCAUCCCCCGGACAUGCCCAACAACAUGGCCGCCCUUGAGAAACCCCUCAGCCACCCCAUGCAGGAAACUAUGCCACACGCUGGCAGCUCUGACCAGCCCCACCCCUCCAUACAACAAGGUUUGCACGUACCACACCCCAGCAGCCAGUCAGGGCCUCCAUUACAUCACAGUGGGGCUCCUCCUCCUCCUCCUUCCCAGCCUCCCCGGCAGCCGCCACAGGCCGCUCCCAGCAGCCAUCCACACAGCGACCUGACCUUUAACCCCUCCUCAGCCUUAGAGGGUCAGGCCGGAGCGCAGGGAGCAUCCGACAUGCCGGAGCCUUCGCUGGAUCUCCUUCCCGAACUCACAAAUCCUGACGAGCUCCUGUCUUACCUGGACCCCCCCGACCUGCCGAGCAAUAGUAACGAUGACCUCCUGUCUCUGUUUGAGAACAACUGA